UUGGUCGCUCAGUGUCUUCAGUUGUUCAUGAUUGGACCAGGUUCGGUGCCUAAUUACGCCCAAAUCUCCGCAAUUUCGUAAAAGAAUCCAAUAAAAUUAGUGUUCAAGUGAUCUUCAGUUUAUGUUCAGUGACUUAUCAGUAACGAUCACUUUUAAUUUGUGUAAAACAGGUCGUUUUAUCAGAAUUUUCCAUAACCCAGCCGUGAUCGGUUUCACUGAUUUGAGGAUCAUUAUUUUUGUUGGCUUAUGCUUUCGGAUGGUGUGAGUGAGGUGCAAAAGAGUUCGGUUACCUGUUGCACAAACAUAAGCUCAGGAUCGUCGCGUUCUCUCUUCUAGUGAUGUUGGUUGUUUUUAUCGCACGUGUUUUGUUUAUGCUCAGUUUUGCGAUCUGUAUGUAGUCCGCGUAUUGCGUAAGAAGGCGAGACACCGAUCAAAACAUAAAAACGUGAUCAUUCCUUAGCGAGUAGAAAAACGUGUCGUGUGGUUGUUUACUCGUUUUGUUUACGAAUCGGAAGAAUCCGUUGAACGUUCCAAGCGGUUACCGGCGAGUGUGAAAAUCGUUAGGCAUUAUUUUGAGAAUCAAAUCGAUAGUAAAUUCCGAUUGAAUGAAAUACGAAAUUAGCUACCACAGUGACUCUGAGAAGAUGGGAAGCCGUGCGCAGUCUGUGAUCUGUGACAAGGUACUGGCUGGAUUGCCACAAUUGUUGGAUGACCUGCAGAAACUAUCCGAAGAUCAGGACACAGCGGAUGUGGUGUUUAUUCUUGGGAAUAGUGAAGAAAGGAUCUUCGCUCAUCGGAUCAUAUUGAUGGCAAGAUGCAAAUCAUUCCAAACCCAAAAACGUGGCGAAAUAUGUCGAAUACCAGGAUGCUCGGUUCUUCCAUCUGCUCCUGGAACACCCACACCAAUCCGUCUGCCACACAUCGAGCCGGACAUCUUCCGUCAGUUCAUUCUUUACGUCUACACCGCAAAGAUCAUGCUGCAGGAUUCGAAAGUUUUCGAAAUGAUGACCUUGGCGCAGGAUCUGGGCGUCGAUGAGCUCAAGGUCGCCUGCGAAGAGCACGUGAAGGCCACAAUGUCGGUUGCCAAUGCAUGCACAUUUCUUGCUGCCGUCAUGGAAAUUCAGGAAAAAGCAUCCGGCGCAAAGUUUGCCCCACCGUUCCUUGAAAAAUGCAUCACUUACAUCGCUGAGAACGCUUCGGAAUGUGUGAAGACAAAUGCUUUUCUCAAUCUGACAAAGGAGGGCCUGAUUCAAGUGAUUUCGUAUGAUAAUCUUGGCCUAGAGGAGGAAGACGUUUGGCGCUGUGUCUUAUCAUGGGCCAAAAAUCAAGCUGGUGUAACUCAACCCACGGCUCAUUGGACCGAGGAAGAGCGUCAACGUGUCUGUCAGCAGCUAGCUCCAGUUAUUUCUCACGUGCGACUGUUUCUCAUCGAUAGCCAGGUGUUCGCCGAAGAGGUAGAACCCACUGGAGCCGUCCCGAUUGAACUUUCCUUGGAGCGAUAUCGUCGUGCUGCCCUGCAUUCCAACAAAAUUCCAGCGUCCGCAGUGCCCAUCCCAUCUGCGGGUCCAUUGACCGAAAACGACAAACGUCUGCAACCGAGACUGAUGUUGAACCUGUUUCACGGAUCGACAAUUCUAAAAAAUGACAAAAUUCACAUGCAAGGAACGCUCAACGGAUUCUACGGAGUUGCCAAGCAAACCUGGCGCAUGGUCUAUCGUGCAUCAACCAAUGGGUUUUCCGCUGCAUCCUUCCACCGGCAUUGCGAUGGGGUCGCUCCAUUAUUCAUCAUUGCUUUGGGCACACAAGGAGCCAUUAGCGGUGGUUUCACGGAUGUAGCAUUUGCUAAAACAAAUCGGAAGGGUGGUUACAUUCACUCCGAGAAGGCAUUUCUGUUUGCCUUGAACUACAACAACGAUCCCCCGAUGAAGUUCGACAUCGUUAAGAAACCUUAUGCCAUUUGUUACCAUCCAGAUUGUGGACCCAUUUUCGGCGCGGGAGCUGACCUCCUUAUCUCGAACAAUUGCAAUGUGAACAUGGAAUCGUAUUCAAACUUUCCCCACUCAUACGAUGGCCCGAAUGCCGUGUUCGGGAAUCUGUUUGGAGAGUACAACUUUUCGAUUGCGGACUACGAGGUGUUCACGUUGGCCCCUUCGGCGGCUCCCUCCGGGAUCAAAAUGAAGCAUGACCGGUAUCCUUGAGAAGGCAGAGUAGAAUGUUUCAACGCAUCAGUUGAAUAGUGUCGGCUAAGCAAAAUUAGAUUACAUUAGACAGAAUAGCAUUCGAUUAAGUAUGUGUACUGCAUUGCAAUAGAAUAAUCUGCUCAAUUAUA